AUGAUCCGAAAGCGUCGAUUGGAGUACGCUUUUGGAUUCCUACUCGCUUUUCUUGGCUUCAAUUUUUUAAAGAUCUACUUGCGAAAUUCGCGGCUAGAGAAGUUGUUUGAAAGAAGAAAGAAAAUACUACAGAGAAGUUGUUCUGUUAAAGGCGAAAUUUACAGACUCAAGAAAUCGAAGAAUUCCAGUUUUUCCGAACUCCUCGAUUUCCACAAGAAAGUUCAUGAUCUUGAAGCAUCUCUAGAAGAUGUCGAAGAGACAUCUGAAUGUGGGCCGCGAUUUCCUGGCUUUUCGCGUUCCCUUUUCGAUCUUGCCGACAACAAAAUUCUAGCAUGUCUUGUGCCUAAAUGUGGAACGACUUCGUUUCAUCGAGCGCUCGCCCCAUUGGCUUACAAAAACGGCACCGCUGAUGAUUUCGAAGCCCCCUUGGUGUACAAGCAGCUUCAUCAUCGUGCCGUUACGACUUUAGACUAUCUCGACAAAAAUGAUAAAUUUAGCGAAUAUUUGCGAUUCGCGAUCGUUCGGAAUCCUUUUGAGCGGUUGUAUUCAGCGUGGGGAGACAAACUUCGAACUGGAAAUUUCAUCGAAGCUUUGAAAGAAAAGCACGGAUUUCGCCCAGAUGACGUAAAAGAUCGAGAAGAAAAAUACCUCAGCGAACUUUGGCCAACCCUGAAAUACUUCCAAACCAGCGUCCCUGAAGACAAACUCGUCAACGCAACAUUUGAGAAUUUCGCGAAAUAUCUGUCAAUGGACGACAUGGACGACUCGUUCAGAAAUUGGCACUGGAGGAGUUUCUGGUAUUUUUGCUCGCCGUGCAUGUUUGAGUUUGAGAAGAUUUUGCAUUUGGAAAAUGUGCACGAGGAACUCCCGUUUUUGAUCAAUGGAAUGACUGAAAAGCAAAAGUUUUCGUUGCCAUCAGAUUACAAAUCAGCGCACCGCUCAAAUUUCGAUGACGCUUUCGAAUCCCUUCCGACAGAAAUUUUCGAGCGCUUGUACCGAGCCUAUUACGAAGAUUUCAUCGUCUUUGGCUUCUCCCCCAGCGAAGUAGAAACGCUUCAUCGGAAAACAAAAUCUGACCCUGAGAGCAUUAAUUUUCCGGAAACCGCUAUCUCAGAAGCGAAGAAACUAUCGGAACUAAACAAAGCAGGUGGAGCGGUGGAGCAAUGGGAAAUGUGCAACGAACAGAAAGCGAUGCAAAUUGAGGCGAAGAAGGUUCUGACUUGGAAGCCAAGCAAAGGAGAUGUGUACCAAAAAGGAUCGAUAAAAUAUGCGUCUGGUUAUCCGAUUAUUCCCUGGGAUGGCAAGCUUUCCUGA